GAGACAUUGGUUUAUCACUCUCCAACAACCUCCUCAAAUUUCUCAUCUCUCAAUACAUUCCUAUAAAUUCAGCUUUUGCCUCAAACCCCAAACAUCAUAUUCAAAAUCAUCAAAUUGACUAGCAAUCAAAAGACCACAUAACCAAUUCAUACAUCAAAACCAAAGCAGAAAAAAAAAAGAGUUAAUUUUAGAAGAAAUUAAAUCAAAAUGAGUUCAAGCAGGAGAGCGUGGAUAGUGGCAGCCAGUGUUGGAGCAGUUGAAGCCUUAAAAGAUCAAGUUGGAUUGUGUAGAUGGAAUUACCCAUUGAGGUCUUUGGCACAACACACAAAGAAUAAUUUGAGAUCUUACUCUCAAGCUAAGAAACUUUCUUCUUCUUCACUUAUUGCAAGGAGCGACAAGGCAAAACAAUCUGAAGAGUCUUUGAGGACAGUUAUGUACUUGAGCUGUUGGGGUCCCAAUUGAAGUUUCUUUGCAGAAUCUUACUGUAAUUUUUGUAGAGCUGGAGAGAAAAAGAGAGAAAAAUAAUGUAGGGCUAUGAUUGUAAAUAGAAUAUUGAAUGGCAUUCCACCUCAAGAGAGCCAUGUAUUUCGAUAUCUUUGACAAACUAUGACCUAUGAAAUACUGUUGAUAUGUUGAUGAA